GUGGGCGGGGAGGUCAGGUGACCCGGCCGGCGUCCCAAGAUGGCGGCGGCGGAGGCGCUCGGGAGGCCUCGGAGCCGUCCCGGCUGCUGAGACGGUCCCCGCGCGGCUGGCGGCGGACGGGCCGGGGCCGAGGGCCGGCGAGCAGGCGGUCGUCGCCUCUACGCGCCCCGCGGCCGGGGCUGGGCCGGGCGGCGGCGCCGGGGAAUGCCCGUACUGGGCCCGGCCUGUCCCUCCUCAACUUAGGGCGGCGGCGGGCGCGGCGGGCCCGCGCCCAGGCUCCCGGGCCAUGGCGCUAAGGGAGCUCAAAGUGUGUCUGCUGGGGGAUACGGGCGUGGGCAAAUCAAGCAUUGUGUGGCGGUUCGUGGAGGACAGCUUUGACCCCAACAUCAACCCGACUAUAGGGGCAUCUUUUAUGACCAAGACUGUCCAGUACCAAAAUGAGCUACAUAAAUUCCUAAUCUGGGAUACGGCUGGACAAGAACGAUUCCGUGCCUUAGCGCCCAUGUACUACCGGGGGUCGGCCGCCGCUAUAAUUGUUUACGACAUCACAAAAGAAGAGACGUUUUCCACGUUAAAGAACUGGGUAAAAGAGCUUCGCCAGCACGGCCCACCUAAUAUUGUGGUUGCCAUCGCAGGAAAUAAGUGUGAUCUUAUCGAUGUGAGGGAGGUCAUGGAGAGGGACGCCAAGGACUACGCCGACUCCAUCCACGCGAUUUUUGUGGAGACCAGCGCCAAAAAUGCGAUAAACAUCAACGAGCUCUUCAUAGAAAUUAGCCGGAGAAUCCCGUCCACCGACUCCAGCCCGCCGUACGGCGGGAAGGGCUUCAAACUCCGCAGGCAGCCCUCCGAGCCGAAGCGCAGCUGCUGCUGACCGAGCCUCCGCCUCCCCCCGCCCCCCGGACCCACGACGAAGUAGGUGGUCCUGAAAGCUGACACGAGGGCUGGGGGCCCACCGCCAGGCUUCGCCGGGCCGGGCCGGGGUCUCCUUCGUGCAAGAAAGAGGCGCGGAAUCGGUCAGCCCUCUCCUCGGGGAGGGCUGCAGCAGUGACACCCCGUCUGCGGACCGGGCUGCGCGGGGGCUCCCUGCUCCCAGGGGCCCCCUCGCUGGCUUUGACCUUGCGGAAAGGAACACGUAAUUGUAUGGAUGGUAGGAUCCAACUGUUGAGUAGUUUUAUAAUCAAGAUUUCAUGUAACAUUUUGUAAAGGGAAAACGAGCACUUUCUGGUUCUUGAGAGAAAGAAGACCUCGUGGAGAUUAUAAUCUCCGUGGUUUCCCAUUACCGCGCUUCUGGGGAGUUGUAUCAUUUAAAAUGGGGUGGGGUGCUGUUAAGUGGAGGGAUGGCAAUUAUUACCUGAGGGUGAAUUGGUCAUUUACGGGACGGAUGGAAAUGAUUACAUCCGCCAUGUCCAGAGCCCUUCCCGCCGCGUACGUCAGCCCAGACGCACUCGGCGGGUCCCCGGGAACCACGGCCGCGCUCGCUCCCGCCGUGCGCCUGGGCCCUGCCCUGUGUGUGUGUCCCCAAAGUCAUCACUGGCGCCUCCUGUCACAAGCUCUCGUGACCAGGAUGGCGGUGGGGAGAAGCGGCCUGGAAUAAACCGAAUGGCAUGUUUAACCUGACCAACUGGCUUAAAAACGAGGAAAAAGAAAGUGAUGUAAAUGCUGUCAAUUUUUUAUUGAACCCAAAUAUUUUGGUGGUGAAAACAAUUAUCAGUUGCUUAGCCUGUGUAAAGUUAUAGCCUAUAUUUAUGAGACUGUUGCUUAAAAAGUAUAAAUUAUGUAAAUACACGAAUAAAUUCUGUUUCAUUCCACGUAACCUUGCCCGCUUUGCACACGCCCAACCCCCUCGUGGGCGGGAAGCGCUGCAGGCACAUGGCCGUGCGCCAGUGAGCGCCGUGCGCCGAGGUCUCUCCGCCCCUCCGCCCAGCCCUGCCCUGCAGAUCCCAUCUGGGGGGCGUGAUGUGGACAGAGGCCACUCGGCGGCCAGGCUGGCCCUUCUUAGCCUCGGGGGGAAUAUUAAGCCUGAGCUCAAGUCACCUACCUGGUCUUGGUGUGAAGUUUCUUUCUGCUCCCACGGCAGCCCCAGACCAACUGUUGGAAGAGAGCUUUCCUUGCUAACAACUUAGCUUGUCUCUCCAUUUCCUCCCCCGCCCCCGCCUCUGUCAGUGGUCAACACUCCUUUCCCUCAGGGAGCCCAAUGGGGUUUCAGUGUAACCUAAAACUGAAGCACUGAAGGGACGUGGUGAGAAUUCGUUCCUGGUCUAACCGGGCGCCCUUCCAACCUGAGUGUCGUAAGGGAAGGAGAUUCACAAGAUUAAAUAGGAAGUGAAACAGCUUGAAUUUCAAGCUAAAUUGUGUUUUCAGAGCUCUCCUUAAACUGAACAGUCGAAACUUUUAAAAAUAAUUGUUAUUUCUUUGUGUAUCCCACUUGAUAUGGGCAGAUUUUAAUGGGAAAAUUAUAACUCAGAUGAAGUAAAAAAAGAAGAAAAAACAGUUCCUUACUCUGGUGACUAUCUUAAGCAUUUGAAAUUGUUUAUUUUCUUACUGAAAUCAGACGGAAGGAGCGUAGUUAGUGAACAUCCUAACGUGGCCUUGUUUAAAACACGUGUGGACGCCGUACGCCCGCGGCACUUGGCUUCCUUCGCAGCGUGAGCUCGGAGAGAAGGAGGGGGGUUCCCAGGACUGGGCUCCUGCACCUGGAGGUGUCUGAACCGUGUUUCCUGUGCGCCCGGAUGGGCUGGGCGCCUGGCCGCGGCGCGAUGCGUCCCUCGCCUUCCCUCUCUGGGCCUCUGUCUCCACGACAGCAAAAUAAAAACAGGUUGCUUGACUCAUUCCUGCAGGGGCAGUGCGUGCAUGGCCCUUUCUCUCCUGCUUCACCAAAAGAUGACACAGACCUGUGACCUUCCCAGUGCUUCACCAUGUCUGGGUGCGCAGGGGAAAGCACACGCUUGCGUGCCGCCCCUCGCCGACGGGGCGCGCGAGUGCCUCUGCUCCUGCCGUGGCGCUGACUGUCCGGCCCCAGACAGACCCGUCCCGGCAGCCCGCAGCCGGUUUCUUGGCAUUUCUGCGGCACCUCCCGUGCGGAGAGAGUGUCCCCUCUGGUCGGAGCCCGUGUUUACCCAGAGAACGGGUGCCGUGCGGCUCUGCAGCCCGGCUGCUCCCCUGCUCGGCCGGGGCCUCUUGCCCCCUCGUGGCCAGCAGCCGCCCCGGACAGUGGUGCGACACCGUCUCUCUCGCGGUGUCUUUUCGCUCCUCACCUGCAGCGCCAGCGCGCUCUCCCCGAUGCGUAGUCCCUGCCCGGGGGGGACAGAGCGGAAAACGCUUUCCUUCGUCUUGUUUGCUUAUGAAACGCGAAGAUGAUUAUUCAGGCCUGAAGCAGUGUUUUAUCUUGAACACACUUUGGGUGUCAGCCUCACUGAGCCACGAUCUAACACACAUUUCACGUGUUCCUGAUUCGUGUUCCUCAGGAGAAGGGCCAGCUCUCAAGGAGCUGAGGGGUAACCCAUCUACAGAAGUCUUCUUUUGGUUCCCGUAUGACACGGGGCCAUUUUUUUUAAUGUUAGGGACUGGAAAGAGAAACACCAUUAAUUAGGUAGCUGCAAAUGUGUAUUGAUUCCUCUCGGAGACACUGAAAUAAGCUCUUUGCAGGUGUCUAAUCCCAGGAACCGUGGGUCUCCAGAAGUCUCUUUACACACAAGUGCUUCUCUGAUCCUCUGAUGGCUAAUUAACUACCAUUUGGUGAUUAAAAGAACAAAGUAAGAGUGUGAUCAAGUGCCCUUCACUGUAAUCUCUCUCUUAAGAAGUGACUGGGGAGAAGGGCCCCUGUGCAGGCCCUUCAGGUUCCAAACGAACCCGUCACCGGCCUGCUCACCUCCAUCAGGGCCGGGUCUCCACGCCGCGACGGGAAGACGGUGUCCCUGCAAAGUGACCGCUUCUCUUGCCCGCUUAAGCUUCUGCUUGAAGCGCCUGCCCCGCCCCCGCCCCCCCCCCUUGGAAAGGAUGGAGACUUUUGCUUGAGAGGCGUGAUCUCCUAGGGGCUGGUGUCGUCCUUGAGGCUAUCAGUUUUCAUCAUUUUUAAAUAUAUAAAAAAGGGAAAGAAAAUCACGUGUCAUUUCUCAGCGUCUCUUUGAGUCUGGUCUUUGUCUCUUUUCUGUGCUCCAGAAGGCAAGUGAGCAUAGGAGGCGUUCUGGAGGGAACCGGGAGAGGCUGCCGUGGGCUUCGCCCGGUCGCUGGCCGGCCCGCAGCUCCCCCGCGGCAGGGCGCCCGCGCGGCAGGCUCGGUGCGGGCCCCGCUGUGCCGGCGGGCAGGUGGGCCUGGGAACUCGCAGAGGCCUUUGCUCGUGUGCAUCUGCCACAUUCUGAGAGAGCAUCGCAAAGGAGGUUACACUAAUUCCUAUACGCCUUCCUCACUCACUGCUUCACAGCUGAAAACGUGACUCGUGGCCCCGCAGGGCGUGAGAUAGUGGCGCAGAGCGUGUUCUGUGCGUGACACAUCCAGGUGUCUUUGCAAGAACCCGUGGCCGUGAUGAGGGAGUCCGCUCCUUCUGGAGAAUGGUUCACGGACGUCCCUCCGCUCUGGUCUGUCCUAGGUGCCUGCCUCUGCACUCUUGGGGGGGCGAGGGCCCCCACACUCCGGCAGGCUGCCCUCUCCAGGCACCCUGGGCUGUCCUCAGCGUUCCUCCUGACCUCCUAACAAUAAGCCAGGCAGGGUACACCCGUAAAAAAGCCUUUGUUGUUUCCAUUUGUUUCAGAGGGACUGGCAGCACGACUGCUGUUUACUGUUCACUUCAAGAGACAGUCUACCUCUUAACGGUUAAUAUUUUUUAAAGAGAGAAAUGGAAUGUAUCUUCAAGGGUCAAGUUGUUACUGCAUUCCUGCCUUCAAUUAGCUGAGUCCAUCAGAAAUUUUCAAAUAACUCAAGGUAAUGUUUAGGAGCUAAAGAAUAGUCCAGGCAACAGCUUCUGCACACGGUGGGCAUUGCGCCGUGCCGCUCUGAAAGGGGGGGGUGGGGGUGGGGCUGAGCUCAGGGCUGAAAGAAACAGCCUCUGCCAGCUUGUCUUGACAGCGGAGUUACUUGUCCUGACUUCCAGUAAUAGAAAUCCAGGCAAUUGGGUCAUCCGGUUUGCAAGAAACAUUGAUGGAAUUCUGGGGCGUUUGUCCUGUUCUUUGUGCAAGUGAAAGUCUAAAAAAGAUUAGAAGGGUAUUACAUUUUCAGGAACCUCCACUCUUUCAGUUCGAGAGAAGGACCGGUGAGAGGCUUGUGCUGAUGAAGUUUCAUUAGACAUAAUGAAGAAAGUGAGUAAAUAGAACCAAGAAUGUCUGCAUUUCUCAGUUUGUCUUUCAGGGUUCUCUCAACAUAUAGGAAAAUUAUUUACUUCCCAAAUUGAGAAGGACUUCCAGGAGAAUAGAUCAACCUUAAUUUGAUGGUCUGCACCAUCAGAAAUAAUAUCUGUGUUCUUUCAUUUUAGAAUAGAAUCAAUUAUGGAUAUGCUAGAAUAUUUGGGGCUGCAAAACAAAAAGAUUCAGAGGUUUAAUAAAAAGGAAAACCUUCAUCUUUCUGUUACGUUGGAAAUUUUAGAUAGUGAGAUUAGAAUGUGUCAUUAGUAGAGACUGGAAUAAAAAUCAUGGAGCCUUAAAUGUAACAACAACAACAAAAGAAUAUUCAAUUUAUUGCCAGUUCAUUUUCAGAGACGUACAGUGCCCGGUGACCCACCAGAAUGUUUCAUAAUUGAAACAAACAAAAUUCUGGGUUGCUUCCCAUGAACUGGAAUUCAAGUGCCAAGAAUUGAGCCAAUUAAUGGGAAAUCCUAAGACAGCAAUGAUUUUUUCAAAGAUCCUUCUUUAAUUGGCAGUUUUGAACAGUAGACCUUAACUGUUCUUCAUCAUGCAAAAGUAACAAAACAUGCCGGUUUUGAUGCCACUUCUUGAUUCAGGAACUUCUCCAUGUUUCCAGAAGCAAUUUGUUUAAUAUCAGUGCUACUUUGGAGAAAAUUCUUUUUAAAACAGCAGUUAGUGCCCAGGGCUGAUCAUUGUUACUCAGAACUGAAAUUGCCCAGGAAACUCCCUCAAAGUCUUGCCACGCGGUCGGAAAGGCCAAGGGAGGCGGGGCCGGGGCCGGCGGGAAGUGCACCUGCCCACUCACGGACACGGUCGGCACGUGGCGGCGUGUGACCUCAGUUUGGGGCUUAGUCCUCAUCUCGUUGGUCCUCCUUCAUGGAUGUUUUCCCUGAACUUACCUGUGAGUACUCAGCGUUACCCCCGAGCAUUUGCAAAAGCAGAGCUCGAGUCCGCGUGCCCCGUCACUCUCCACGUGCAGUUAUCACAUAACAUGAAACUUCUCCUUAACCUCAUGGACCACGCACAUGUCGUCACAGAGACUGGUCAGUACACCGCGGGCAAAGCAGCAGCCGGCUAGUCAGGGCAGCCGACGGGUGGCUCCGUUUUUCAAACCAUGUCUUGUACUGUGUACACACGGCUGUAUUGUUCCAGAAAAGAUUUUCUUCUUCACUCCCAUGCAGCCCCGUCUGCCCACCAUCUCACUCCGCUGUCAGUCGUGCCUCCGGCCUUCUCAGAGAGUGGAUGUCCUGCCUUCUCUGUGGUCGAUCGAAGCCGCUUUCUCGCGUUAUUUCUCUCCUUCUCAUUUUGCGGUGGUCUCUCCCUUAAAGGCGCGGGGCACCGGCCACCUCCUUAGCGCCCGUGACAUUCCUUGCACUGCCUUCCGUGCAGACAGAGGUAGGGUGUGCUCGCCACGUCCGCCCAGGGAGGCGAGACACGGCCAGGGCCGUGACAAAACACAGCUAACUGUGGGUGCAGAACUCCCCUAUUUCCACAGAGGCGGGGGCAACACUAACUUCACAGUGGCAACAGGACCAAGGGACAAAAUGCGUCCUACCAUAGGCGAGGAGAUGGCGUGUGAGAACUUUGCUUAGUCUGUCAUAGAGCGGCUUGCCAAAGGACGUAACAGGUCCAAGGGCAUAGUCUUGAAGGGAAACAGCUACGGAGUAUGGAAGUGAGCCUAGACAUUAAAUUAAAAAAACAAAAAAAAGUGAAUCCGUCAUACCAGCAAUUCUUAUUUCUCCUAAGAAUGUCAUGCCUCUUCGAGACCCGAUGCGAGGGGUAAGACAUCCGUGCCUUUUUAUAAUAGUGUCUAUUAUGAAAAGAGGAAAACGAAUGGCUUCCGGUUCGGGCCGCUGGUAGCACCGUCCACAGCCCAGAUCCGCCGCCGUGGCUGCCCUGCAUGACGCAUUGCUUGAUUGCCUGUGAUGAAAUGUCGUCCUGACGGUCUGCCAAGCUUCUAGGGAUGUUUAAAGACUUUAUUUUUGCAGUCAUAACCUUGGGCUGGACCUGAGUCUGCAGAUAAACCAUAUGGUGUCUGUACUGUUUGUAGAUGCGGAUAAAAGAAAACUAGAUCUUUGGGGUUUUGUUGUAAGAUUUUUCUGUUUUCACUUGUGCUGGUGGUAGGUAGUUCACCAGUGGUGGUUGACUGGGUAUACUUUAAAACUGUAUUGUUUUAGCUGGAAUAUUCUGUCUUCAACUUUUAUAGAGGGUCACGUGCUAAGUCACUACAAAAUUUGUUGUAUUGUAAGCAGGGUGUAAACGUUUUGUUAAUAAAAGGCUAUGUUUAUAAGUA